AUGACCAUCAAUGAAUUCAAAAAUAUCUAUGUAAGUAUUGCUGGUUUGACGUGGAAUUUUAAUGCCCAUGAAGAAUGCAUGUUUAUUAUAUUUGACACUGAUAUUAAUGGUAUUUUAACAUUCCAUGAGUUUCUUAUGGGUUGUCUUCUGUUACAACGGAACGUUAGUCUAGUGCAACGUUGGUUUUAUGUUCUCAACAUUUAUUCUAUGAGUCAACCUGGACAUAUCUCAGCACAAGAAGCUCAAUUGUUACUUAAUAGCAUGCAACGUUUCUGUAAUUUUCCAGUUCAAGAUACGUAUUUUGUUACAGCAUGGUCGCAACUUGGAGGAGAUAAUAAAUGA